CAAACUGCAGAGAAAAUCUCAUGGAUGAAGAUGAGAAAGACAGGGCCAAGAGAGCUUCUCGAAACAAGUCUGAGAAGAAGCGUAGGGACCAGUUCAAUGUUCUCAUCAAAGAGCUUAGCUCCAUGCUCCCUGGCAACACGCGGAAAAUGGACAAAACCACCGUGCUGGAAAAGGUCAUCGGAUUUUUGCAGAAACACAAUGAAGUCUCAGCGCAAACGGAAAUCUGUGACAUUCAGCAGGACUGGAAGCCUUCAUUCCUCAGUAACGAAGAAUUCACCCAGCUGAUGUUAGAGGCAUUAGAUGGUUUCGUCAUCGCGGUGACAACAGACGGCAGCAUCCUCUACGUUUCUGACAGCAUCACGCCUCUCCUUGGGCAUUUACCGUCGGAUGUCAUGGAUCAGAAUUUGUUAAAUUUCCUUCCAGAACAAGAACAUUCAGAAGUUUAUAAAAUGCUUUCUUCCCAUAUGCUUGUGACAGAGUCCCCCUCCCCAGAAUACUUAAAAUCUGACAACGAUUUAGAGUUUUAUUGCCAUCUUCUCAGAGGCAGCUUGAACCCAAAGGAAUUUCCGACGUAUGAAUACAUAAAAUUUGUAGGAAAUUUUCGCUCUUACAACAAUGCGCCCAGCCCCUCAUGUAACGGCUUCGACAGCGCCCUUUCAAGGCCUCUCGGGGUGCCGCUAGGAAAGGAGGUCUGCUUCAUCGCCACCGUUCGUCUGGCGACACCACAGUUCUUAAAGGAAAUGUGCAUAGUUGACGAACCUUUGGAGGAAUUCACUUCAAGGCAUAGCUUGGAAUGGAAAUUUUUAUUUCUGGAUCACAGAGCCCCACCCAUCAUAGGAUACCUGCCUUUUGAAGUUCUGGGAACCUCGGGCUAUGACUACUACCACAUCGAUGAUCUGGAGCUCCUGGCCAGGUGCCACCAGCACUUGAUGCAGUUUGGCAAAGGGAAGUCGUGUUGCUACCGGUUUCUGACCAAAGGCCAGCAGUGGAUUUGGCUGCAGACUCACUACUACAUCACCUACCACCAGUGGAACUCCAAGCCCGAGUUCAUCGUGUGCACGCACUCGGUCGUCAGUUACGCAGACGUCCGGGUAGAAAGGAGGCAGGAGCUGGCUUUGGAAGACCCGCCAUCCGAGGCCAUCCACCCCGUGGCACUAAAGGACAAGGGCUCGAGCCUGGAGCCCCAGCAGCACUUUAACGCACUUGACGUGGGCACCUCAGGCCUUAACACCAGUCACUCGCCAUCAGCAUCCUCAAGAAGUUCCCACAAAUCCUCGCACACGGCCAUGUCAGAACCCACCUCCACUCCCAGCAAGCUGAUGGCAGAGGCCAGCUCCACGGCUCUGCCGAGAUCUGCCGCCCUGCCCCAAGAGCUCCCCGUGCCGGGGCUCAGCCAGGCCGCCACGAUCCCGACUCCCCUGCCUGCCCCGUUGUCCUGUGACCUUGCACAGCAGCUACUGCCUCAGACCAUUUUGCAGAGCCCACCUGCCCCCAUGGCACAGUUUUCAGCACAGUUCAGCAUGUUCCAGACCAUCAAAGACCAGCUGGAGCAGCGGACGCGGAUCCUGCAGGCCAACAUCCGGUGGCAGCAGGAGGAGCUGCACAAGAUCCAGGAGCAGCUGUGCCUGGUCCAGGACUCCAGCGUCCAGAUGUUUCUGCAGCAGCCAGCUGUAUCUCUGAGCUUCAGCAGUGCCCCGCGGCCCGAGGCUCAGCAGCAGCUCCAGCAGAGGUCGACCCCAGGGGCCCAGCCCCAGCUCGUGGCCAGCCCUCAGCGUCCAGGGCAGAUCGCCUCUGCCCAGGUCACAAACCAGCACCUGCUCAGAGACUCGAGUGUGAGAUCAACCCAGGGUCCAAAGCCAAUGAGCAGCUCGCCGAUGAUGCAGGGAAGCAGCCACUCAGUGAGCCUGACGCCCCAGUUCAGCAGCGCUCCGGCUGUGCUCCCGCCAACCCUGAGCCUGACCACACCCGCUCCCACCUCCCAGGAUGCCAGCCAGUGCCAGCCCAGCCCGGACUUCAGCCACGACCGGCAGCUCAGGCUGUUGCUGAGCCAGCCCAUCCAGCCCAUGAUGCCUGGGUCCUGUGACGCGAGGCAGCCCUCAGAGGUCGGCAGGACUGGACGGCAAGUCAAGUAUCCACAGAGCCAGGCCAUGUUUCAAAGUCCAGACGUGCACACCACCAGCAGCAGCGCCUCGACCCCCAUCCUGCUGAUGGGACAGGCAGUGCUUCACCCCAGCUUCCCCACCUCCCAGCUAUCGCCCCUGCAGCCCGCACAGGCCCAGCAGCAGCAGCCGCAGCACUUCCUGCAGGUACAGACGCCGACUUCUUUGCACAGUGAGCAGCAGGACUUGCUGCUUCUCUCCACCUACUCGCAACAGCCAGGGACCCUGGGCUACACCCCGCAGCCCCAGCCCCCGCGCCCUCCCCGAAGGGUCAGCAGCCUGUCUGAGUCCCCAGGCCUCCAGCAGCCGCCCCGGUAGUGCCCUGGCACCUCAGUCGGGUCAUAGUCAGCUUUAACCAGUGGAAGAGGGGAGAGUUGGCCAUGGGAGUUGGGGAGAGGAGUUUAAACUAAACCUUUGGCUUUUGUGCACACUGCAUACAUUUCAGAACUCCUGGGUGGUAGCUAUCCCCAGAGCGCGGCGGCUGGCACGUGGGAAAUGAUCGGGAAGACUGGCUGUGCUUCCUUUGCCUCUGCAAUUUUCGGGCACACUCUACAGCCAUACUUGGACGGGAACUGAGUACCCCACGACAGCGUUGUUACUCAGUUUACCUUAGCCGCUGGAGCAUCUCGCUGCAUCCUCCCGAGAGCACACGGGCCACCCUAGCUGGCUGUGGCCCGUCCACACGUGCUAGCUGGCCUUCACUCUCCUGAUCCUCUUUCCUUUGCGUUUGAGAAGCACUGGGUCAGAGAUCUGUUGAAGAGAGAAAAUAAAGAGAUUAUUUUUCAUUAUUUUUAAGUGGUUGUUUUUGUUUUAAUUUGCACAGCUGCACAGAGGAGAUAACUUAGGCACUUUCAGUUUUUAAAAAUAAUAAGGUCUCAUGACUUCAUUUGGAGACCACAGUAACAAAAACAGCCCACCAAUUAGAUCGCCACGCUGGUCGUUAUUAACCAGGCCGCAGACCCGCACCCUCUGGCCUCAACCCGAAUGGAAUGAGGCUCUUCACCCCACCGCGGCUGGUGAUUAUUUUUUCCCCUAAAUAUAACACUGGACUGUUUCCUGUUUACUUUGUUGAUUGCAACUACAAAGACGGACUCAAAGCAAAGCACAAUCACGCAGCUGACGUUCCGGAAUCUGCUGAGAACUCUAGGACUGUGAAGGCAGAGUCGCACAGGCCAGACUGGCCUGUGGAGCUCAGGUCUUCAACGAAAGCCCGCCAUGUGCUGGCCCUUUGAGUGAGAAUGCUGCAUCUUUCUACAUAUCCUUCACGAGGAGACCGAGGAUUGGAUGUUCCUUUUCAAAAUGCACUUUGCUUUUUUUGUAUGUUUUGUUACGUUGAGAUGUUUCUAAGGAAAAGAUUUUAUGUAAUUAUAAGACGCAGUGUAGUGAAUUGUACAGCUGUUGUAAUAAUGACCUAUUUCUAUAUAAAAUAAAAUUGUAUGGACUAUGUGUAAAUUAUUUUGUAUCUGAGAUAACCAGUUCCUUUCCCAAAUAUAAAAGGAUAAAAGUUUU